AUGAGUCAAAGCGAAGAAAUCGGAUUCGCCUGUCCCGGAAAUCAGAUAGCCAUUGGUGGAUUGUGUCAUCCAUUUGCUCGGUUGGGUGAAGCAUGCAUGUACAGUGAGCAAUGUAUCGAUAGAUGGUAUCCAUCACUUAUUUGUGCCAAUGGUCAUUGUAUGAUCCGAAUGGAUGACGAUACUUCAGAGCCAACAUGCCAAGAUCGUCGUGCACACGUAGAAUAUAUGAAUGGUACGGUGAAAAAUUGUUUAUAUUGGCCUUGUACGGUUGGUUAUUUUUGCGAAUACAAUGAAUACUAUAAUGGCGGACAGUAUAUUUGCUGUGGUACCAAUGCGAACGACAUUUAUGGUUUGAUUUAUCAAAAUUGUUUAAAAGAAUUGCAAGUGAAAGGUAAAGUAAAAGUUUAUCCGGGUACCAAAAAGCCAUUACACUGUUCUGCAGCUGACAGCUGUACAUUUUUGGACACACCAAAUUGUGUCAUGUCGUAUCGAUAUGGUUACAAAGUUUGUUGCUCAACUAUAAAUUGUUGA